AUGUCUGGACGCGGGAAGGGUGGCAAAGGCUUGGGAAAGGGAGGAGCGAAGCGUCACAGGAAGGUCCUUCGCGACAACAUUCAAGGCAUCACAAAGCCAGCGAUUCGUCGUCUGGCUCGUAGAGGUGGAGUGAAGCGUAUCAGUGGGCUUAUCUACGAGGAGACUCGCGGUGUUCUCAAGAUCUUUCUUGAGAAUGUGAUUCGCGAUGCUGUUACCUAUACAGAACACGCUAGGAGGAAGACGGUGACUGCCAUGGAUGUGGUCUAUGCUCUCAAGAGGCAGGGAAGGACUCUGUAUGGGUUCGGUGGUUGA